AUGCCAUUUCUUUCUUUCUUUCUUUCGUUCUUUCUUUCUUUAUUUCGUUCUUUCUUUCUUUCUUUCUUUCUUUCUUUCUUUCUUUCUUUCUUUCGUUCUUUCUUUCUUUCUUUCUUUUUUCAUUUCUUUUAUCGUAAUUAUUUCCUUUCAUUCUUCCUAGCCAUUUCUUUCUUUCUUUCUUUCGUUCUUUCGUUCUUUCUUUCUUUCUUUCUUUCGUUCUUUCUUUCUUUCUUUCUUUCUUUUAUCUUCAGUUUUCUUUAUCUCUCUUUCUCCACACCCCCCCAGCUCUCUCUCUCUCUGUCUUGCUCUUUCACUUUCUCACUCAAUCUCUCUGACAUUUUCACUCACUCUCUCUCUCACUCACUCUCUCUCAUUGACUCACUCACUCGCUAUCUAUCUAUCUAUCUAUCUAUCUAUCUAUCUAUCCCAGUCUGGUCAUUAUCUAUCUAUCUAUCUAUCUAUCUAUCUAUCUAUCUAUCUAUCUAUCUAUUUGCCACAGUUUCUAUCUAUCUAUCUAUCUAUCUAUCUAUCUAUCUAUCUACCGUUACAUAG